UGGAACAGCUCUGAACCACGUGACGUUCAAGGGCGACGCUCACAAACAUGGCGGCCUCCAUAAGAAACAUGAAUCUGACAAUAUGCAGAAUUGUCAGAGUUUUCAGCCAAACCAGGCACUUGGCAAACAUCGUAACAGCGGUACAGACUGACCCUAGGUCUGAUGAUCAGAAGUCGACUGGUCUAAUUGAGUCUACAGAAGAGUAUGCAUUUGUUGAGAGGUUAAUUCCUUCCUCUCGUGUUCCUAAACCUCCUAAACAUGAUGGUCCUACUCCUUCUGGCUGGACUCCACCAUCAGAGGUUCCUCCUGACUUGCCAUACAUGAUCCGGCGCUCUCGCAUGCAUAACGUACCAGUCUACACAGACAUCAAACACGGGAGUCAAAAGUCUACAGUUGUGCGUAAGGUGGAAGGUGACAUUUGGGCACUCGAGAAGGAUAUGAAAGACUACCUGAUGGAGGUUACUGGAAGAGUUCUACCUACACAAGUAAAUGAAGUGACUGGGAGCAUUAGAGUGAAGGGCCAUUUUGAUAAAGAACUUAAGGAAUGGUUGCUAGGCAAAGGUUUUUAAUUCCACCAUGCAAUGGUAAAAUGAUAAAUUAUUCUAAAAAUUCUAUGGUGGAAUUACCGUAAGGACACA